AUGUCAGAAAUAAAGAGUGCUUUAUAAUCUAAUAUCGUUCACAUUUUAGAGAAUAAGCCUUCAAAGAACAUUGAAGGUUUUAAAUAAUUAUAAUUGGAAAGUAAAAGAAAACUGAUCGAAGAAUUCAAAUAACUAUAUAUUUACGAUGAAAAAGGAAAUUUAAGAAGAUAUUGUAAAUAAAGAAUUUUGUUGAUGGUAGCAGAUACAAAGGAUAAUUAUCUAAUGAUAAAAGAAGUGGGUGUAGAAUAUAAUAUUAUAUUAACGAUGACAUCGUGA